AUGGUCUCCGAUGAGCAUGAGAGUGCACCGGAUUCGGAAGAAUCAGAGCUGCCGGACGAGACCGAGGAUGUAGGGGAUACGGAAGAUGCGGAGGAUAAGGGAGAGUGGGUAGAGAAGUGGGUAGAGAACGGGCCAGAGGUAAAGAAGGAUGUUGAUGAGAGGGAGGAGGAGGUGGCGUGGAGGAAGUUGCAAGAGUUCUCCUUUGAUGUUCUUAAACCUGAGAGAUAUUAUUGUCAGGGCUCGCCUACAGAGAGUACAUCUGUCCAUGACACUGAACCCCCGCAACAAAGCCCAUCGGUACCAUCCGCUAUGUCGUUCCCUGACAGCCAGAAACGAAAACGGGAGACAACGACCGAAGGCAUCCGUCACAUGUUCGGCAACUACACAGAACUUGCUACCGACUGCGACCUCAUUGAUGAAAUCGUAAUUACGACUGCUAUCAUUACGGAGAUGGAUAGAGCACUAAAUACGCCUGAAGCACAGCGUAUCUUCCUGUUGAGCGAGGAAAUUCUCGAGAAUAAUGAAGGCUGCUCUUUACCCUUCUUCUUUUUAAUUCGCUCAUUAUAA